CAGAGCGCAUUCCUUAACAGCACUCAGUGUAUCCAGCCCGGUGUGUGUGUAUGUGUGUGUAUGUGUGCGUGCGCGUGUGUGUACAAAUAAAGCGGCUCCACGGCGGUUCGGCUUCCGUUAAGCCUGCUGAGGUUUUAUUCCGAGCUCGUGGGUCGACCUACGGGGUAAUAAACACGCGCGUCCUCCGUGAGCGGCGAUGUCGGAGUUCCUGGUGAGUCUGUUUGGUGAGCGGCUCGUCACCGGAGAGAAAGCCGAGGUGGACGUGCACGCGCUGGGCAGCGGGCUCGCGCUGGUCGGCCUGUACUUCGGCUGCAGCGUGAACGCGCCGAGCCGCCAGUUCAACAGCAGCCUGGCUGACUUCUACUGCCACUUCAAAACAUCCUCCGAGCACAAGGACAAGCUGGAAAUCGUCUUCAUCUCGUCCGAUCAGGACCAGAAACACUGGCAGGACUUCUUACAGGAGAUGCAAUGGCCGGCUUUGCCUUUUAAAGACAGACACAAAAAGAUGAAGCUGUGGAACAAGUACAAGGUGACCAGUAUUCCCUCACUGGUGUUUGUGGAUGCAACAACAGGGAAGGUGGUGUGUCGCAACGGUUUACUAGUGGUGAAAGACGACCCUAAAGGUCUAGAGUUCCCGUGGGGGCCGAAGCCCUUUGCGGAGGUGGUGGCUGGACCUCUGCUCAGUAACAACAGACAGCCGACAGACAGCAGCACUCUUGAGGGCUCCUACGUGGGGAUUUACUUCUCUGCUCACUGGUGCCCUCCAUGCCGCAGUCUUACCCGAGUGCUGGUGGAGUCUUAUCGGAAAGUAAAGGAGUCUGGACACAAGUUUGAGAUCGUGUUUGUGAGCGCUGACAGAUCAGAAGAUUCCUUCACACAGUAUUUCAGCGAGAUGCCGUGGCUGGCCGUGCCUUACACAGACGAGGCCAGGAGAUCCCGCCUCAACAGACUCUACGGCAUACAAGGAAUCCCCACACUGAUUUUUCUGGACACAGAGGGUCACAUGAUCACACGGCAGGGCAGGGUGGAGGUGCUCAAUGACCCAGAAUGCCAUCUUUUCCCCUGGCACCCAAGGCCUGUGCUGGAGCUCAGUGAAUCCAACGCUGUGCAGCUCCAUGAAGGUCCCUGUCUAGUCCUCUUUGUAGACGCAGAGGAGGAGGGUGAGCUUGAGCCAGCCAAGGAGCUCAUCCAGCCAAUUGCUGAGAAGAUCAUGGCCAAGUACAAAGCCAAGGAUGAGGAAACCCCGCUGCUCUUUUUUGUAGCUGGAGAGGACGACAUGAGUGACUCUCUGCGUGAUUACACCAACCUGCCCGAGGCGGCGCCACUGCUCACCAUCCUGGACAUGUCGGCCAGGGCCAAGUACGUCAAAGACGUGGAGGAGAUCACGCCGGCCGUGGUGGAGCAGUUUGUCAGUGACUUUCUAGCCGAGAAGCUCAAACCGGAGCCAAUAUAAUGUCGGACAAACGUACAUCUCCCAUCAGCCCCAUGACUUCCACUUCCCUCCCUUUCCUCCUGUGAGACUCUGAGAUGCUUCACUUUGUACUGACUCGUUUUUUUUUUUUUUUUUUUUAAAACAGACUCUACCCCCGAACCCCUGAGUAUUUCCUUCCCUCCUGUGGUGCCUUGCAUAUUUACAGCCUGGAUGGUAACAAAUCAUAAAAAGACUUUUCUCUUGUUGCAGUACAUGUCAGAUCUCAGAAUGUAGAUGAAACCUUACAGCUGCAGGACACUUGGAUAUAAAACACUUUUUUUUUAAUUAAAAAUGACAAAAACAUGGCUUUUAGUUCCACUGCUUUCAGGUGUUUUUGCGGAACGCCGGACCUGCGUUUCAGGCUGCACUUUGCUCCUUACGGGUGCUGAUUAUACACGUUCAUGGACAACCUGAUAUCUCUAAAGAAAACUUUUAUCAUGGCCGUUUUAUGCGGUCGGCUUUUCCUGAUCCGGAAAUCAAGCUGAUUAUUUCUCCGAUAGUUUCCUGAUAUUUGAAGUAACAAAGUAAUUUUACCCCUUUGUCACAUUUAGUAAUUUUUCUCUGAAGGUCCAGUUUAAUAAACAAAAAAUAAAUAAAAGGCACAUAAUAGCAUUUAACAAGCUUCUAUACUAAACGUAGGCAUUUAUUAGUGUAAAGCUUCUGUCUUUCCUUCAUUGUGUUUCUGCUGAGCCCUGGCCAUUAAAACUGACUGUCUCGG